AUGGACCACAUAGUUGACCCAAUAGAGGUCUUCAGUGUUGGACUGGACCAAUCAGGAGACACUUUACUCAGUGAGGAAGAAGUUAGUGAUUUCACAUGCUUGUGAAUGAUUCUGAAGUGAGCGAGCGCAGCCAAAUAACAUGUGAUCGUGCUCUUAAAAUAGAGUCAGAUGACACUUUGAGCACUGAUCCCAAAAUCUCUUCUAGUCAUCUCAUCCAAACUCCAUUUAUAGAAAUCACUAACCCCUUUCUCACCCCACUAUUACUGCAGAGUAUUCAGGGGAAUGAGGAGGAUGCAAACACUGACUCCAAUACCACAGGCGGACUGGACACAUCAGAGGUCAUUUUACUCAGCGAGGAGGAAGUUAGUGAUCGUGUGCUGCUUGUAAAUGAAGUGAGUGUCAGUAGCCAAAUGAUGUAUGAUGAUAGAACUCUCACAACAGAGCCCUGCCAAACAGAUGAGGCUUUGAGCGCUGAUCCCAAUGUCUCUGGUAGUCAACUCAACCUACCUCCAUUCUCGGAUGAAAGCCAUAAUCCUUACUCAAUCCACUCAUACUGCAGUGUUCAAGAUAUUAUAAAGGAAUCAAUGGCAACAGAACUGCUCGACUGAGGGACCUUACAGAUAAUUGUAUGUGUGUUGUACGGAGAUGAGUCAUUCAACAAUCAUGUUAAGCACUAUUAUUGUACACAGAAUCAGUCCAUUCAACUUAUGUGACUUAAGAAAAUAUUUACUCCUGAAUUUAUUUAGGCUUGCCGUAACAAAGGGGUUGAAUACUUAUUGACUCGAGAGUCUUCAGCUUUUCAUUGUUUAUUAAUUUGUAAAAAUUAAAUCAACAUAAUUCCACUUUGACAUUAUGGGGUAUUGUGUGUAGGCCAGUGACACAACAUCUAAAUGUAAUACAUUUCAAAUUCAAGCUGUAACACAACAACGUGGAAAAAGUAAAGGGGUGUGAAUCCAUUCUGAAGGCAUUGUACAUCACAAUAUUGGUUGCACAAACCCAGGUAGCAACAGUCAUGUUGGUUAAAGAAAAUAGAGAAAUUGUUGAGUUUUACCUUCCCUAUAUCAUAUUUACAGUGAUGUUCUCAUGA